CCAGCAGGCGAAGGCAAGGCAAGGCAAGGCAAGGCAAGGCAAGGGAGAGGCUGGGUCCGGCUGGGGGCCCCCGCGUGGCCUGGGCUCCGGGCCAAAGGAUGCGGAGGAGCCAUGGGCCAGGCUUGCGGACACUCCAUCCUCUGCCGGAGCCAGCAGUACCAGCCGGGCAGCAACGCCAACAGCGCCAGCAACGCCUCUGACCCCCGACGGGGCCAGCAGGUCUUCCUGAAGGCUGAGGAGGCUGCCAGCCCGGGCUCAGACACGCUCCAGGAUGCCUUGCUGAGCCUGGGCUCCGUGAUUGACCUCUCCAGCCUCCGAGAAGUCAUCAAAGAUGCCAUUGCUUCAGUGCUGCCCAAAGUGGAAAGAGUGUAUGUGUACCUCUUGGAUGGAGAGGCUCGGCUGACCUGCAACGACCCACCGCAUGAACUAUCCCAGGAAGGGAAGCUCAGAGAUGCCAUCCUCAAUAAGAAGAGAGUGGACUGCAAUGGGCUGCCACUGGCCGAACUGCAGGGCAAGCCAGUGGCCGGUUUGGCCGCACCGCUAGCCCCCGAUAAGAAAGUCUUGAUCAUCCCUUUGGUGGACAAGGAUGCAGGGACCGUGGUUUGCGUCAUCCUGGUGCAAUGCGGCCAACUCAGUGAACCUGAUGAGCACAACCUGCGUGCCUUGGAAAAACACAUCUUGGUCUCCUACAAGCGGAUCCAAGCCCUGCAGAAGCUGCAGCCCUGGCCGCAGGUCAACCUGUCUACCAGCUCUUCGCAGAACUCGCUUUCGAAAAUCGGAGAGGCUCCCAAGGGCAGCUACAGUGAUUUGGACCGAAAGAUUCUCCAGUUGUGCGGGGAGCUGUACGACUUGGACGCUGCCUCACUCCAGCUGAAAGUAAUUAAUUAUCUGAAGCAGGAAACUCAGUCGCCAUGUUGCUGCCUCCUCUUGGUCUCAGAAGAUAACCACCAGCUUUUCUGUCAGGUUGUGGGCGAUAAAGUCCUGGAGGAGGAAAUCAGUUUUCCUUUAACAGUUGGCCAUUUGGGAAGCGUUGUGGAGGAGAAGAAGUCGAUCACUCUGCAAGACAUCAGCUUGGAGGAGCACAAGCAACUAAACAGCAUGCUGGGAUUCGAGGUGACAUCCAUGCUCUGCGUCCCCGUCAUGAGCAGGGCCACUUCCCAGGUGGUUGCUCUGGCCUGCGCUUUCAACAAACUUGGGGGAGAGAGCUACACGGACCUCGAUGAGCACAAAAUCCAGCACUGCUUCUGCUACACUUCCACGGUGCUGACCAGCACACUGGCCUUCCAGAAGGAGCAGAAACUCAAAUGCGAGUGCCAGGCUCUUUUGCAAGUGGCGAAGAACCUCUUCACUCAUCUCGACGAUGUUUCGGUGCUGCUGCAAGAGAUCAUCACAGAAGCACGGAAUCUCAGCAAUGCUGAAAUAUGCUCUGUUUUCCUGCUGGACCGAAGCAGCCAUGAACUGGUGGCCAAGGUGUUUGACGGAGGAGUGGUGGACGAUGAGAGCUACGAGAUCCGGAUUCCAGCGGAUCAGGGCAUCGCAGGCCAUGUGGCCACAACGGGGAAGAUCCUCAACAUCAAGGACGCCUACUCCCAUCCGCUCUUCUACCGUGGGGUGGACGACAGUACUGGGUUCCGCACCAGGAACAUCCUCUGCUUCCCCAUCAAGGAUGAGAACCAAGAAGUCAUCGGUGUGGCGGAGCUGGUUAACAAAAUCAAUGGGCCCUGGUUCAGCAAGUUUGAUGAGGACUUGGCCACCGCAUUCUCCAUCUACUGUGGCAUCAGCAUCGCCCACUCUCUGCUCUACAAGAAGGUCCGUGAAGCCCAGUACCGAAGCCACCUUGCCAAUGAGAUGAUGAUGUACCACAUGAAGGUAUCGGAUGAUGAAUACACCAAGCUCCUCAACGAAAAGAUCUCGCCAGUUUCAGUCAUCGACACAAGCUUUGCCAAAUUCACGUACACUCCACGCUCUCUUCCUGAGGACGACACAUGUAUGGCUAUUCUGAGCAUGUUGCAAGACAUGAACUUCAUCAGCAGCUACAAAAUUGACCGUGAAACGCUUGUCAGGUUCUGCCUGAUGGUGAAAAAGGGAUACAGGGAUCCUCCGUACCACAACUGGAUGCACGCCUUCUCCGUUUCUCACUUCUGCUAUCUGCUCUACAAAAACCUGGAGCUGGUCAACUAUUUGGAAGACAUCGAAAUAUUUGCCUUGUUCAUCUCCUGCAUGUGCCAUGACCUGGACCACCGGGGCACCAAUAACUCCUUCCAGGUCGCUUCGAAAUCAGUCCUGGCCGCCUUGUACAGCUCAGAAGGCUCUGUCAUGGAGAGGCAUCAUUUUGCUCAAGCGAUUGCCAUCUUGAACACUCAUGGCUGUAAUAUCUUUGACCAAUUCUCCCGGAAGGAUUAUCAAAGGAUGCUGGAUCUCAUGAGAGACAUUAUUCUGGCCACGGACCUGGCUCACCAUUUGAGGAUCUUCAAAGACCUCCAGAAGAUGGCUGAAGUCGGCUACGAUCCCAAGAACAAGCAGCACCAUAGUCUCCUGCUGUGCCUUCUCAUGACCUCCUGCGACCUCUCCGACCAGACGAAAGGCUGGAAAACCACCCGCAAGAUCGCAGAGCUGAUUUACAAAGAGUUCUUCUCCCAAGGAGAUCUGGAGAAAGCGAUGGGUAACCGGCCGAUGGAGAUGAUGGAUCGGGAGAAAGCCUACAUCCCUGAGUUGCAGAUCAGCUUCAUGGAGCACAUUGCAAUGCCCAUCUACAAGUUGCUCCAGGACCUCUUCCCCAAGUCGUCCGAGCUUUACGAGAGGGUGGCCAGUAACCGAGAACACUGGACCAAAGUGUCGCACAAGUUCACCAUCCGGGGCCUCCCCAGCAACAACUCCCUGGACUUCCUGGACGAAGAAUAUGACCUGCAGACCAUGGGAGACAGUGACGGCAUCAAGAUGAACGGCUGCCUGGACUCAGAAGACGGGCACUUGGAGGUGGAGCUGGAAUGAUGCCUCACUUUGGGAGGUAGAGCUGGGAAGCUGUUCCGCCUCCCCCACUUUGCAGGGACCGGACACACACAAGUGCAACUUUUGUAACCCUUUCCCUCCAGGGAAAGGAUGGGGCUGAUUUUGGAAACAAACCAACAUGGUUCUUAUUUAUACUACAAGCUCCAUCCGCUGCAGGCAUUUUCUUCUAGCCACACAUACCCUUGCCACUCCAACACCCCACAUCCCACCCGUCCUUGCUGCUCUACUGCCUCUCACCAGCUUCAUCCAUUAACCCCAGAACUCUGCCAGCUUGCGGUUGUUGACUGCACUCUUGCACUGUUGAGUUUAAUGAAUGCACAACCCUUUCCUCCCCAUCCCCGUUGGCACCGCUUCCUUAGUUCAGACAUUGCAUCAUUGACCCAUUGAUGUCUUGCUAGAGACGGAGUUCUUUUGGGGUGGCCCAGGUGAGAUGUGUGUUAACCCAUGCAAAGCCAAAGUCUCUGGUUUUCAGGUAAAGGAAAAGGGAAACCUUCAGGUGCUGGAGAUGCUCAGAAAGCAUUCACUCCUGCAGGACUAGAUGAUAUCCUUAUAUUCCACCAAGGGGUUCUCAGGCUUGAAAGAACUCUGCUUUACAAUGGCGAUCUGUAAGCAAAUGAGCAGCUACCCCAGGGGUUGCAAACAGCCAAUUUACAAGAGCCUUAGCGCAUGACAAAAGAAAGCAGAGACGCAGCAACAGAGAAGCGGUUUUCUCCUUGCCUCUCUGCAUGAUGUUGAAGCACGUCUAUUCUCUUCCUGGGAGAGACAGUCGUAAAAGUGUGACUUUUGUCAGGCUGGAAAAAUCUGUUUGGCAAAGGCAUGCUUUUAUUACCAUCUCCCUCUGGAAGGAGAACUGGAGUGCUGCGAUGUCAUGCGGAGAGGCAAGAAGAAAGCCACUUGUCUCUCACUUCCACUUAGCUUUCUUUUCUCAUGCGAUAAGGCUCUAAGUAUCAUUCUCCCUUUGUCACACUGGUUCUGGACCACAAUGAGAUGCAACUUGGGCCUGUUUCCCAUUGUAGCCCAGGGUGGCCACCCAGUCCACCAGCGAUGGGCAGAAUUCUCCUCUACCCUUUUUACAAAUAAUACAGGUUUUCUGAAAGUUUA